CAUUUUCGUGUUACUAUAUUUUAGCCCCUGGCUGCCCUCCAGGCAUGGUGAGAUUCAAUAACAAUACAGCUACCUUUUACUGGAGUGAACCAAGUUGUGAAUGUAAGAAUGGAAGGAUUACUGAAUACAGAUAUCUCCUAAGUCCUGUGACUUCCAAAUGUCAACAAGAAAGUCUGGUAUCAAAGGAAGGGAAUGUCUCUGAUACAUAUGUGGCAGUCACUGGUUUAUUGCCUUUUACAACUUAUAGUUUUAGAGUGAGAGCAGUCACUGUAGAUGCUGGGCCUUGGAGUACUGAACUGGAAAUUACAACUGAAGGUGUGGAGCCCAGUGAAGUCCCUGUCUUGACCACCCAGCAAUUAAAUGACCAGGGGUUAACAAAGUUCAUGUGCUCUGGUCAGCUUGGACAUCCAGCCAAGGGGAUCACAUGGUACCAGACUCUGAACGGUCAGCAACAAAAUAGGACCUCAGAGGCACAGUCAAGUAACCCUGUCCUGAAUAGUGAUAGUUGCACAUAUAAUGGACAGAGUGAGCUAAGAGUAGAUAUCUCGGCCUCUGAUGACGGCGCACAGUUUACAUGUAUGAUUGGACAGAAGUCAGCCAGUGUGUCACUAACUGCUGCCAGCUACCCUAAGAUCACCUAUACCCCCAUAGGUGCUCUCUCCAUCAUAGACUCAGCAAUGGACAGUGUGGAGUUUGUCAAAGGUUCAGUCGUCACUCUCAUUUGCUCAGCCACUGGUUACCCUCAACCAAGCUUCAAAUGGUUUUAUUGGGAAGAGCUUUCCAACACCACAGAAGUACUAAAUGGACACCAUGAUAACCCCUCAGUGCUUUAUCUAGGUCACAUUCAGAAACCUGGAUACUAUGAGUGUCAGGCCAGUAACAUUUUGAACCAGUUAAAUGAUCCACCAAGCAAGGUCUUGAGAAUUACACUAUCAGAAAAAAGUGAGCCAGCUACUGGGACCACAGUGGGGGCCCAGGGUCUAUCUGUAGAGGCCAUAGGGUGGAUAAUAGGGGCCAUCCUGGGGGCCAUUGUGAUUAUUGUCUUGGCUUGUGUCACCUACACUUACUGUGUCAAGAAGAAACAGAAAACAAGAGUUGGCGAAAAAGUGUCGCAAGAAAACAACGCAGAGGAUGAAGUUGAAGACAGUGAGCUUCAGAGUUUUCUGAGUGGAGAGAUAAGUCGUAAUGAGGAGGCAUACGAGAGGCCUGUCAACACCAACCUUAGCACAGAGCAACAAAAGUUUAAGCCGAUGGAAGAGCCACUGUAUGCAGAGAUUCUGGAGAGAGAUGUGGAGAUAAGAAGACAGAAUAUCAAGUUGAUGGAAAAGAUAGGAAGCGGGGCUUUUAGCCAAGUCUUUAGGGGCAGCAUUUUCAAUCUAGAUGGAAAAUACAAUUGGAGCAUUGCUGCUGUUAAAACUGCAAAGGAUACAAGUGACACAUCCCUCUGCAGUGAGAUGAUGAAAGAACUGAAAGUGAUGUUGAAAAUCCAAACUCACCCAAACGUGGUUGAGCUUUUAGGAUCCUGCACUCGAGAUGAUGCUGUGCCAUUGAUUAUUGUCGAGUACCUUCCAAAUGGAAAUCUCCAGGACUACCUACGAAAUGACCGUUCAAAACGGGAAGUGCGGUAUGGGAAUUUACAUGGGAUCAGCUCCUCCUUGACACCACAUGAUCUGAUAAAGUUUGCAUUAGAUGUGGCUAAUGGAAUGUCAUAUCUUUCAUCAAUGGCGAUUCUCCACCGAGACCUUGCUACACGAAACAUUUUGGUAGCUGAAGAUAGGACCUGCAAGAUUUCGGACUUUGGCUUUGCAAAGGAUGUCAUCAAAACCCACACUUACGAAAAACAAUCGCAGGGACGCUUGCCAAUUCGCUGGAUGUCCUCAGAAGCUCUAUUUGACAACAUAUUUACCACACAGUCUGAUGUCUGGGCGUAUGGCGUCUUGCUCUGGGAGAUUGUCACACUGGGUUCCAGUCCCUAUCCUGGUAUGUCAGCCAAGCAGGUGAUGGAAGCUAUAACUGAAGGAUACCGGAUGCCACAACCACCACACUGUUCACUGGGCAUGUACAUCAUCAUGUCGUCCUGCUGGGAAGAGGUCCCAAGUGCACGUUCAACAUUUAAAGACAUCGUUAAUUCCUUGGAUGUCCUCCUGGCCUCAGACAGCGAUGUUCUUACUCUGGGAAAGUUUGAGGAAAAACUGUACGAGGACAUCGACAAGUACAAUGCGGAAGAAAAAUGUUGAAGAAUAUUUCAAAUACAUGUGGUCUCAUUCGGUCAUCAGUAGACAUUGUAGCUUUGCCCAAUAUCAUGAGUAUACCCUCUAUACCAGGGUGGCAGAUUAUAUAAAGAAAAACGGGAAAAUCCACACAGAGCCAAAUGACUGUCUGUUUAUCUCGAAACAUGUGUGAAAAAUCAAUCUGUUGCCCUGGUCGAGGUAUACUCAGUAUCAUAUGAGAUACAUGUAUAUCAGAGUGAAUAUAUACUCAUAUUUGAAAGCAAAAUAUUCAGUCUGCCAAAACGAGUUUAAAAUGUCCACUCAAGGGCGGGAGUAGCGCUGUUAUUUGUGACACAUAGCAACCAAAUAGCAGUUUUAUUUUUAGCAAGGAGCGUUAAAAGAGAGUAUUCAGAACAGCGAACUAACAGAUCCACAGAUCAAAUAUGGCCGACCCACUUGCAUGCUUGUUAAUUGAGUAAUUUCUGAGGGGAAUCUAUCCAGUGUCUAAUCGUGAAUUAAGAGGCAAGUUUUUAAGCUGGUGGCCAUAUUUGAUCCAGGGGUCAAUCAGUCCAGUGUUCUGAAUGCACUCAUAAAAACCAUUUUGACUGUCAAAAGUUCCAUGCAUGGUACUUAUUUUUCAAGAUAAUUUCCUAUGAAGUGUUGGCUAUUCACUGACCAUGGGAGUUGGCUCAGACUGACCCAAAGGACCCCUUUAAAUCUUCUCAUUAUAGAGAGCAUGCAUGCUUUGGAUUGCAAAGUGACUGUACUGUCUGGUAAUUAGCACAAUCUAUUGGAAAUGGUAUAUAGAUCGAUCUAUAUAUAUACCCUCUACCAGGGCAACAGAUUGAUUUUCCACAGAUAUUCACAGGUAUGUCUCUAUAUAAAUAGACAAAUGUAUACAGUCAUUUUGGUCUGAUAUGUCACCCUGUAAUGGAAUCUCAAGGCUGAUUGCAUGGCUGGUAAUUGUUUGCAUA